GGAGAAGCAACAAGCUACCGAACCAGCAGCAACAAGCUAGCCGCCAGCAGCUAACUCGGUCGGGGGGACGAGGCGUGUUAACAUGCAAAAGUUUAGAAACUUCGAUAUUCGCCUCGACUAGACACGAUAUUAACGUUUAGUGAGACCCAAGACGGCCCUCUAAAACAUGGACCAUAGUUCGUUUUUGUAAAUGCUGUUGUUUUUGCGUGGCUUGGAGCUUCAAAUGUGCGAAAAGUCGCUCGGUGUGUCCUCCUCCUCGUCGUUGAACAAGAUGGCAGCAGCAACAGCAGCACCGUUACAGAGUUUGGCUGUGGUGCGGGUGUUCGUUGCUAGCCUGCUCUUUGACACUUUGAGUGAUGCGAUUUUCUGGUCUUACUGAAGGUAUGGCCUCACAAGCCUUGGUCUACCCAUCACACCUGCACUCAGCUCAAACAAGUGCCUUAGGAAAGAGCAGCAGUGGUACCAGCAGACGCACAGGUGAAGUCCACCGCAGUAAUAACACCAGCAGAGCCUUUGAGCAUCGACCCCCGCUCAAGACAUAUGUGAUUGGAAUCAACUACGGUAUUGCAUUUCCCAACAACGUUAUCCCGUCCUCAACUGUUGCUGACUUAGGAAGGGUGAACAGGGGGCAACCGGUUGGGGAAACGGAGCAGUGGACUUUGCAGACUGCAGGGAUACAGCAAGCAGGACCGGCUGAGUGCCAGGAUCAGCCGACUGUUGACCAAAGUUUUGAGAGGGAAGGCGGAGGUUUGGACUGCGGGCUUCUUGCUACAGCCUGUUUAGGAGCAGAGUGGGAGGAGGCUAAAAACAAAAGAGCACAAGUUAGAGGAGGUUAUAUUGGCCUUCUUGACUCAGGUGUCCCCCAGGUAUGUGAGGAGAAGACGCGUGAAGGUGGGGAACAACAGCGGGAGAGUAACCGCAUCAGAACCAUGCAGAUAGUGGAGGACGUACCUGCUCUGCCGUCACUUCCUCUACCUGUGGCCAUGUUGCAGACCAGCACUGGGAACAAUGCAGACACUGUUCGAGUCGGGGGCGGGGGAACUCUGACGGCUCAACACAGCAGGGUUGAUGAGGUGACCGGCCUCGGCGUGGGGGUCGGUGGGACUGAAACCAGCACCAAUGGCAGUAAUGAGGUUGUGGCAGGUGCCACUGUAAACAGAAAUGGAUCAGGAGAUGGUGACUAUCAGUUGGUUCAGCAUGAAGUCCUUUACUCGCUGAAGAACAGCUACGAGGUUCUGGAGUUUCUGGGUCGGGGAACCUUUGGUCAGGUGGUGAAGUGCUGGAAGAGGGGGACAAACGAAGUGGUGGCCAUCAAAAUACUGAAGAACCACCCAUCCUAUGCACGCCAAGGACAGAUCGAGGUGGAGAUCUUGGCUCGGUUGAGCAGUGAAAAUGCAGAGGAGCACAAUGUGGUGCGCGCUCUGGAGUGUUUUCAGCACCGCAGCCACACCUGCUUAGUGUUUGAAAUGUUGGAGCAAAACCUCUACGACUUCCUGAAGCAGAACAAGUUCAGCCCACUGCCUCUUAAAAUCAUCAGGCCUAUUCUACAGCAGGUGGCAACAGCCCUAAAGAAGUUGAAGGAUCUGGGUUUGAUCCAUGCUGACUUGAAACCAGAAAACAUCAUGCUGGUGGAUCCAUCCAGGCAGCCAUACAGAGUCAAAGUCAUUGAUUUUGGUUCAGCCAGCCAUGUCUCCAAGGCCGUGUGCUCCACUUAUCUUCAGUCCAGAUACUACAGAGCUCCAGAGAUUAUUUUGGGCCUGCCAUUUUGUGAAGCCAUUGACAUGUGGUCGCUUGGCUGCGUUAUCGCUGAACUCUUUUUGGGCUGGCCUCUUUAUCCCGGAGCGCUGGAAUACGACCAGAUCCGGUACAUCUCUCAGACGCAGGGACUGCCUGCAGAGCAGCUGCUCAACAAGGGGACAAAGACCACGCGUUUCUUCACCAAAGAAUCGGACUCUCCCUACGCCUCCUGGAGACUAAAGACGACAGAGGAACAUGAGAAGGAGACGGGACUUAAGUCCAAAGAGGCCAGGAAAUACAUCUUCAGUUGUCUGGAUGACAUAGCACAUGUUAACUUGGUGUUGAGUCCUGAUACCAGCGACAUGCAGGCAGAGAAGGCAGACAGGCGGGAGUUUGUGUCUCUUCUUAAGACCAUGCUACUGAUCGACGCCGAGGACAGGACGGUUCCAUCGAGCGUCCUAAAUCACCCAUUCCUCACCAUGACUCAUCUACUGGAUUACCCCCACAGCAACCAUGUUCAGUCGUCUUUCCGCAUCAUGGACAUGUGCCACAACCGUCCCAGCACCGCCGUUUUUGAUGCUUUGAACCAGAACACGAUUCAUCUGUCAAGACCCCCUCUAGCUCCCACUGGAACUUCUGGCCUUCCACUGGGCUACAGCACAAUUCAGUCUAUAACCCAAUCCGCUCCAUCCGUGUUGCAUCCUGGGAUAGCGCUAACAGGAAACGGGCAGUUUGGGUGCAGUGAGUCCUUCCCUCCUGCCCUCCUCCUCUGUCCUCCCACAAUGCAAGGUAACCUUAAUCAGCCUGCAACCUAUUCUGUCCCCAUGGUAACUCAAGCCCCUCCCAUACAACCUCUACCAGUGAGACCCGGAGUAAUAGCUCAGCAGGCCUGGUCUAGCCGAGGCCAGCAGCUCCUUGUCCCUACAGCGUGGCAGCAAAUGACUCCUGUCGGGCCUCCACCCUCUCACCCGCCUCCACCACCUCCUCCCUCCCUCACCAGUGACACCACGGCUGGACCACAGAGGAUAAGCGACUGGGGGAAAGCACACCCACACAACAGCCACUACAACACAGUGAUGCAGCAACCGCUCCUGACCAACCAGAUGCCAGCCCUCUCUGCACAUCAGCCAAUCAACAUUGGCAUAGCUCACGUUGUGUGGCCCCAACCAGCCAAUAAACGGAACAGACAAGGGCACAACCGGAACCUGUCCCACCCCAGCAACAUCCACAUUUCAUCAUGUCGGUCUCCCAAAAUGACUGACAUUGUCGGGCAGGCAGUGUCAGGAAGAGGGCAGCCACAAAAGGAGGCGCCCCUGGUGGAAUCCCAGCGACCAGAAAUGAAAAAACCAACUGUGGAACAAGAUGGCACAGAGCUGAAGGAAAACUGCUUUAAAGAGGCGAUGGCAAGUGGAAACAGACGGGUCGGUGUUCCGAGGGAGCCGAUACGGGAUGUGGCCGUCCUGAUGGCCGACACGCCAAGUCCAGCUCCCAGCGUGAUCAGCAUCCGCAGUGAUCUGAGUGACGAAGAAGAUCGGGUGGGAAACGAAGGUCGUCAGGAGUGCCAUCUGAAUCAGUGUAAAGGAGAGUGUGGAUGUGAGGCUUGCAGAAACACCAGUGUGUCCAUGGAGAGAGUGUGUUCUCUCAGCAGCCCCGACAGCAGCCUCAGCACCAGCUCGUUUGCCUCAAACUCUCUGCAGUCCAGCCCUUCAGCUUCACCGUGCAAGAGACCCAACAGCAUGUCUGAGGACGACGGCCACGAAAGCGGUUGUGACACGGUGGAAGGCUCGCCCUCUUCGGACACAUCGACAUCCCAGCGUGGCAACAACGCCUACCGUUACCUUAACAACAACAACCGCUCUCCUUUAGCUGCCGUGUUGGCACCCCUGACCUCCCCAUCCGAGCAGGACCGGAGACCACGGGGCAUCAGGACCAUGGUAGUUCCACCGAUGAGGGUCCAGACCAACAACAACACUCGCAACACGCAGGAGCGUGUCCAAAGAACAGCCUCAGAAUCCUGGUCCCGAUCCAAAGGGCGCUGCAGUCUCGUAGGGCAACAGAGCACUGCCUCUUCCGUCCCUCUCCUGCCAUCCGCCCCCAUCCUGCCGCGGCAGCAGACGUUGACAGGGCAGCAGCACCAUCUGGGCUUUGGUCAGGUGCAGCCGUACGGUUCAAACCACAGCAACAAGGAAUGGAACGGCAACUAUGGGCCCCUGCGACCGCACGCCUACAUCCCUCCUACUGUCCACACACACACCUUCACACAUCUGCACCACAACAGCCCCACACACACCUCGGCUGCCCCUCACACCCUGCUCUCCUACCCCUCCAGCGGGCCUCUCACCGCCACCCAUCACCCCAUCCUGCCCUCUCGUCCCCCACCCCCUCUCCUCCAGCACGGCUUUGGGCUUUCCCAUCCCCAAGGCGGGGCGCUGGUCCACCAGGUCGCCCUGGGCAUUGGCACGCACCCCCACCACCCCGGACACCCUGCCGCGUCGCACCGGCUCCUCCCCUCCCCAACCAUCAACCCUCACCACCAGCCCGGCUACACCCACCACCCGCACCAGUUCAAGCCGCCUUUCCCCCCUCCUCCCCCGUACAUGGCCUCCCCGGCCGCCUUCACAAGUUUCCACCUGAGCCCCACCAAGCUCAGCCACCACCCACAGUUCUCGUACAUCUGAGGGGCGGGACGGAGGAGCCGCGCCUAACCCUGAACAGGAGGCUCAAGGAGAAAUGGACUGGGUCUGCAACCUGGGCAGGGAGACCUCCCACCAGAACACAACAUGAACACUUCUGUUGAGACAGAGAAGAAUGGAGGAAAACAAGCAAUGUUUUAUCACCAUGGAUGGAUUUGAAAAAUUAUUUUACCAAUGUUUUCUGUAAUCUGAUGGGUUGACUUGACAGGCUGUUGAUCAUGUCUGACUGUCGAAGCAGAGACUGCCUGGAAAAAUCAUGUCAGGAUGUGGAGGAAGCUUCAAAUCUUUGUAAGAGCGAAUGAAUUUCUAUGACAAUUAGGAAGCUUCCCUCAAUAACGUGUUUGUACAUUACCUCCUGUCAUCGAUCUGAACUGAUUCGAAGCUGGAAAAUCAUGGGUUUCUGUUUUUUGUUUUGUGUUCUACGCCGUUGGGGUUGUUCAGCCUCUCGCUCCCUUUAUCUGUGUUGCCUUGCAACCCGCACACGCCGCUCUGAUCUGCUCGUUACCUGGUCGCGAACCUGGAAUCGAAGGCUCAUGAUGGCUGCCUUCUAGUGCCUUAAAACCUUUGAGUCUUUGACGUUACUUCAGGAGCAUUUAGAUUGUACGUUUUGAAUUUAAACGGACUUGCAGCACUUAACCUAGGGACUCUGAACGAGACGGGCUUCUAAAAACCGACGAGGAUCACGUGCACGGGCUUGUUUUACUUUACGCUUUCUAACUCCAUGUGGGUUCAAUCUAACUAGAGGCUGCACUUAUAGGGCUCUGACUGAAUUAGCUUUUAAUGUAUAUGAAGAGUGAUUUGAUAUUUUGAUAAUCGAUUUCUAUUCACUAUAGUACUUAAUUCAUAACAGUAUUGUCACUGUUUACUGUAACUGCAAUACAAUCUAGAUCUUCUGGGUUGCUGUGUUUUUAUUAUCUUGCGUUUAGGCUAGAUUUGCAUUCAUGCGUUUUAGAUUUUGGGAGUGGCAUAGACUUGUUUAAUGUUUUUAACUUUUAAGAUAAUUCUCAGUGUUUGAAGUAACCUAUCAACUUAACAGUAUCACUGCUGGGCUUUUGAGUAUUAGUCGUAUCAGUAAUUAUUGUUGGAGAUUUUGUGCCCCCUCCCCCACGUAUUGAAACCUGUUGUCAGUUUUCAUACAUUCCUUCAGGGUGGAAGCGAAGCCUUGAU